AUGAAUAGCUGCAACGAAUGUCAGCCGAGCUGUAGCCAUGCUAGUCCACCGACUGAGUCAACGCCCUUGCUUCCUCCCUCUGAUAGCGAGCGACACUCUGCUUUUUCAACUACACAAAAGCGACUUAUCAUACUGGCUGCUGCCAUCGCAUCCAUGUUCUCACCUCUAUCAGCGAACAUUUACUUCCCAGCCCUGAACUCCAUCGCCAAGGAUCUACGAGUCAGUCCCUCUGAAAUCAAUCUGACCAUUACUACGUACAUGAUAUGUCAAGGGUUGGCCCCUACAUUUACCGGGUCGUUGGCUGAUCAGGUCGGCCGCCGUCCCGCCUACAUAUACUGUUUCUUGGUCUACAUUGCAGGAAAUAUAGCACUCGCCAUUCAGCACUGGUUUCCAGCUCUUCUUAUUCUACGCGCAGUUCAAAGCUGUGGUUCUAGUGGAACAGUUGCUCUUUCAUCUGCCGUUGCGGCCGAUAUCAUUACUCCUGCUGAACGAGGAGCUUACAUGGGCAUAGCUUCCUUGGGCAUCAUUCUUGCUCCGUCUAUCGGUCCUUUGAUUGGGGGGUUUCUAACACAGUACUGGGGCUGGAAAGCUGUAUUUUGGUUUCUCACAUCUCUCUCAGUCUUGUUCUUCAUCCCCUUUUUACUCUUCUUUCCCGAGACCUGUCGUGCUAUUGUGGGUGAUGGAAGAAUAUCACCUCCACGAUGGAAUCGCCCUCUUUGGGGCUUUUUUAAUUUACGAACAUCCUGUCAAGCGGAUCAUUGUGAGAUCUCUCCCGUGCGUCCCGCGAGUCGAAUUGCGAUACCAAAUCCUUGGUCAUCUCUGCGUCUACUCUUUUGCCUACCAGUGGGAUUAGUAUUGUUCGCCAACGGAAUCAUCUUCGGAAGCUACUACGCUCUUAUGACAGGAAUUCCGGCUCAGUUUCACACGAUGUAUCAUCUGAAUGACCUUGGAAUUGGGCUUUGUUUUAUACCAGCAGGGCUUGGUUCUCUACUUUCCGCCGUGGUCAACGGGUUCUUCGUCGAUUGGAAUUACCGUCGAAUAAUCAGGCAAUCAGGAAUGACCACAAGCUGUCACAAGAAACAGGAUAUCCUCAUGUUCCCAAUCGAACGCGCGCGGUUACAGAUCUGCUUGCCGUUGACUCUUUGCGCGGCAGGAUCAAUCGUCACAUAUGGAAUCUUGGAGUCUUUCAACUGUCCACUUUGGGUUGCUCUACUACUGAUCUUUCUUUCCUGUUUCUGUAUCAUUGCUGCGUACACCGUCCUGAACGUACUAAUUGUUGACCUGUACUACUCGACCCCAGCCACUGCCAUGGCAGCCAACAACCUUGUUCGCUGCGCUGUGGGGGCGGGUGCUGCUGCAACUGUGAAUCCCUUGAUUGAAAAGCUGGGUGUGCGUUGGACUUACGGCAUUGUAGCAGCAACUUUGUUAGCUACCAAUCCAUUGCUCUUGCUUGUAUACUUCAAGGGCUGGGAAUGGCGCAGAGUACAAGCAGGGAUACAAUUUUGA